CUAAGUUCUAAACCCCACCACAGCAACAACAAAGCUCCAUUUAUUCAUUCAUGGCGUUCACUUUCAUUUUUCUUCACAAAUCAUUUCCCAUUUUUCUUUUUCAUUUAUAAGGGCUUAAAAAAGACUCGACCUUUCGGUCCCAACCACAACAAAGCUUAUAAAUUUCAUCUGCAAACUACUGUCAAAAUCGAAAUAACACUUUCUGAAAUGCAAGAACAGGGGACGGGCUUGAACGCCGACUACGGUGGACUCGGAGGGCAAGUGAUCGGCGACCACGUGUUUUCCGGGGAGCACCACCAGCUGAAGGCGGAGAUGGCCACCCACCCGCUGAUCGAGCAGCUGCUGUCGGCACACGUGGCGUGCCUGCGUGUGGCCACGCCGAUCGAUCAGCUUCCCCUUAUCGACGCCCAACUGUCUCACUCUCACCAUCUCUUGCGCCUUUAUGCCCAAAACAAAACCCAUUCAAUCUCUCAACAACAAAGCCAACAGCUUGACAGCUUCUUGGCACAGUAUCUGCUGGUUUUGUGCUCAUUCAGAGAGAAAUUGCAUCAGCAUAUUUAUCCGGAUGGGGUCACACUUGGUGAAGGCACAGGGGCAACUAUGUCGGAUGAUGAGGAGGAGCUGCAGAUGGAUUUUACCUUAGACCAAUUGGGAGCUAAUGAUAAUGAUCUCAUGGGAUUUGGUCCAUUGUUCCCUACUGAAUCAGAGAGGACUUUAAUGGAAAGAGUGAGACAAGAACUCAAAAUUGAGCUCAAACAGGGAUUCAGGUCGAAAAUUGAAGACGUGAGAGAGGAAAUACUGAGAAAACGAAGGGCCGGGAAAUUACCAGGCGACACUACUAGCGUGCUUAAGAACUGGUGGCAGCAACAUUCCAAGUGGCCUUAUCCGACGGAAGAAGAUAAAGCAAAGCUUGUAGAGCAGACGGGUUUGCAGCUGAAGCAAAUAAACAACUGGUUUAUCAACCAAAGGAAACGCAAUUGGCACGCCACUUCACAGUCGGCCACUUCUCUCAAGUCCAAGCGCAAAAGAUAAAUUAAGAUCGAGAAAAAAGCUCUGCAUUCUUCUAUGUCAGUAUGGUUUUGAAACAAUGUCGAUUGAAGGGUUAGUUAACUGAUAGAGCAGACCAGUUGGAUUUUGGCACAGGUUCGUAGAAUGGUGGAUGCAUGUAUGUUUUGUUGUCUUAGAGGAAUCUGCUUAACACAUUUACAUUUUUCAGAAUGGGGCUAAAAUCUCGCAUUUUUUGUUUUGGUUUACUGUGUAUCAGAUGCUACUCCUCUAUCCGGCAUAAUGGCUAAUCGGUUAUCCCGUGAUAUAUUGCAGUUCUUCAUUUCUGUGUUGGAACAAUUCUUGUAUCUGCAGAUGUAUCUCUUUUUGGUGCCUACAGAAGAUAAAAUAAAAGUGAUGUAUAAUAUAAUCUUCAUUUUGAUUCAUUUGGAUGUGCAAAAUGAAUUCUAGCUACCCAUAUCUUGUCACUUGCUUGGGAUUAGUUACCCACUCAUAAGUUUU